UGGAUACAAAAAUUAUUUCUACAAGAUUGUCAUCUCUCUCUCUCUCUCUCUCUCUCUCUCUCUCUCUCUCUCUCUCUCUCUCUCUCUCUCUCUCUCUCUCUCUCUCUCACUCACACACACACACACACACAGAGGUCGAGCUACAUCAGCACUUCACGUAAGGAUCUGGAGAAUUCUGUCGGUUCUUGGUAGAUGAUCUGAGAGAUGGGAUUCUCUUGAUUUUCAUAUAAUCAGCCCAAAGAUUCAAUUUUCAAAUAUUUCUUCUUGCUUCAACAAAAAUGGGUCAGAAAAUCUUAGUUUCCAAGUACGAAAGACCUUACUAUUACAACCGGCCACCUCUCUCGCCACUGCCACCGCCACCUCCAGCCACCGCCAAUCACAUAUCACACGGUUUCAAUCUAAACGAUAAGGUGAGUCCAAGUGUUCUACUCAUCAUCAUAAUCUUUGCCAUGAUUUUCUUCGUUUCUGGGUUGCUUCAUCUGCUCGUUAGAUUCCUUAUGAGGCCUACUAAUAGGGACCCAGAUGAGUUUGAUAAUGUGACUGCCCUUCAAGGCCAGUUACAACAACUGUUUCAUCUCCACGACUCCGGCGUUGACCAGUCUUUCAUUGAUACGCUACCUGUUUUUAGUUACAAAUCAAUUAUCGGUGUGAAAGACCCUUUCGAUUGUGCUGUUUGUUUAUGUGAGUUUGAAGGUGAAGAUAAGCUAAGAUUAUUGCCUGAAUGUAGCCAUGCUUUUCAUAUGUAUUGCAUUGAUACAUGGCUCUUGUCGCACUCCACUUGUCCACUUUGUCGAGGUAGUUUGCUUUCUGAUUUCACUCCAACCUCCUGUUCGCCAGUUGUGCUUCUUCUUGAAUCCGGUAGCGAGAUUUCUAGAGAGACAGCUAAUUCUGAUCAGCCAAAUCCUUCAUCAAUCCAAAGAGUGAAUUCCCAUUUGAGCAAUCCGGAGUUUGAAUUUGAUAAGGGCGAAAUGGUAAAAGAAGAUGAGAACAAGGAGAAAGUCGUUACUAUUAAGCUUGGAAAGUUCAAGAACGUGGAUGGUGGUGGUGGAGGUGAGGGUGGUAGUGACAAGCAAACGAUUGAUGGUAGGAGGUGUUUCUCAAUGGGGUCUUUUGAAUAUGUGAUGGAUGAUAAUUCAUCUUUACAAGUGUCUAUAAGGGCACAAACCAAGAAACUAGCCAGCAAAAAGUCUUCUCUUCCGAUCACACCAUCCCACCGGGUGGCUAUGUCAGAAUGCGGUGGCGAUUCAAGAAGAGAAUUCAGAGAAAUCGACGUUCUUGGUGGCGGUGGUGGUGCAACUGGGAGGAGCAAGAGGGAGAGCUUUUCAGUGUCAAAGAUUUGGCUUAGAGGGAAGAAGGAGAAGUCUAAUCCAACGGUGGCUGCCGCCAUUGGGACGUCAUCAAGAGGGGGUUUCUCAUUCCGUUUUCCGGUACACCGGAAUGAUAUGAAGGCAAACAGCAGGGCUAAUUCGGAACUGGAUAUUGAAAGUUGGGAGAAUGCUCAAGAGUUUCAGACUUGUCGAUGGUCGGAUAAUGUGGAUUCACCACCCCAAGAAGCAUCAAAUCCACCGUCUUUUGCAAGGAGGAGUUUACUUUGGCUUAUGGGUAGGCAGCAAGUCAACGUUGUUCAUUCAUCUUGCUCAACAAAUGUUUAAACCUUUUUUCCUCUAUAAAUGUAUAACCUUUUUUUCUUGAAUAUUUUGGUGGUAUUCUUCAAUUUUUUGGGAGAUUAGAUUAUAAUUAGUAAAAGGAAACAAAAUGUAUUCAAGGUUAAAGAAAUUUAAAUACAAAUUAUAUGCAACUUUGUAUA